UUGUAUUUUUCUUAAUAUCUUUAAGGUGGCAAUGACUCCGUAGUCGAUUUAAACCUCAAUAGAUCGCACUCAUAUGUUUUUGGUGUAUGUUUGUGACUGUCCUGGCGGAGGAGUUCUACGCGCCACAGACGUUUAACCAGGUUAACAGAAUGUUUGAGCCCGAACAUCUUCCGUGGAACUCAGCAUUAAGAAAAGCAAACGAAGCUGGACCAUACUACAGGCCUAUAUUUACGAGUGAUACCAGCACAGCAGGUUCUGUCGCGCAGUCAUGGAAACCGGAAGGGCCAGCUUAUCAAGACUAUCCUGACAGGGAUUACAGAGGACCCGCGAAAGAACAGUGGCGUGCCCCUUACGGGAUACCAAAGGAGCAACAGGCAUCGAUACUGCAUCAUAAACAAUCACUGAGUUCAGAUGGCGCUUUUCGGUUCGAGUACGCGUCUGACAAUGGUUUGGCAGCUGGUGAAAUGAUCGAACCUGAUGGUUCCAGAGUUGGCGCCUAUCAGUACAAAGACCCUAACGGACAGCUGGUGAAACUAAAGUAUAGAGCUGGAAAAGAAGGAUUCCAGAUUCUCGAAGGCAGCCAUGUACCGAAAAGUCCAGCUCCCACCAACCCACAGAGCUCUGAUUCAUAUUACCAGGAAGCGUACGAUCAGCAACGAAGACAAUAUGAGACACCACAGUACAGUCAGCAACGCCCUGAACCUAAUCAGGGUCCAAUAGAACCACGUGGUGCUGGAGGGCAAUAUUAUGUACAGAACUGGAGGCCUGAUGGCCAAUCUGAUGGCCAGUAUCGAGAAAAUGACGUGGAACCAAACAGAGGUCCACACUCGUUUGGCGAAGGCUACGCGUUCGCUUUCCAGGGAAAACAUAACAACUACUAAUAGAUUAUUUUAUUA